AUGUACAAUCCACCAGCUUUACCCUAUAAUCCGCCAGCUCUAUCGGAUGUAAGAAAUAAUCGACGUGGAGCUUCCAAUGCAAAUUAUCGUGCUAAUCCUCAAUGGCGAAACCCGCAGAUUCAGCAACACCAACUUGCUUACAACCAGCAACCGGUAGAGCAAUUCCGCGACAACGACAACAACCGCAACUUUGGCCGCAACUGCCUUCAUCCCGGAGUUGGUCAUCCACGCGCCAAUGACCACGUUCGCAAUUAUGACCCGAAUCGCUCUUUUGGAGGUCAGAGUCUCCGCGGUCGUCGUCCGGUUGAUUUCAAUCAGACGCUCCCAAUCACUCCGGAAUGGGUGAAGCAACACAACAACGAUGUCGCCAACCGUUCGUUUGGUGGUGACGCUUACGCUCAGCGUGGAAACCGAGCGAACCGUGGAGGACGUGGAGGCGGUCGUGGAAAUGGUGGUGGAUACGGCCGUGGGAACGGACGCGAUGGGUUCUACAGAGGAGACGGAUACUCCUAUGAUGACGAAUCCGGUCAAAACCGUUUCAACCACAAUCAAUCCGUGCAUCGUUACAACUUCAACAACACCUUUGAUGCAACCGCACUCAGAAUUCUCGAGGAAUCCCAUCGCUCGUUUGCAAAUCAAUCGUACAAUGGAAACGUGCCGGAUCGUUGGACAAGUGGCCACGAUUACCGAGGACUGGGAACCGGACGUGGUGGAUACAGAGGAAAUGUCGGGCUUUCAUGCAACCAAUCCAAUCGCGGUCAAUAUGCUUCACGUCCAGUCUGGAACCACUACAACGAAGACAAUGGAAACAGCUCCAACUGGAAUAAUUCAUUGAUUGAAGAAUCCAGUCGUCGUGGACGUCAUUAUAAUAGCCAACGUGGUAAUCGUGGAGGAUCCGGAAACGGACGCGGUGGGUUCGCAGGAAGUGUCGGUACAUACCGCGGUCAACAACUGCCAGCACCAUCAGAAUCAGAAGUAGCCACCCAGCAAACUGACGACAGCAUUGCUAAUGACUUCGAUGGAAAUGUCGCCAUCUGCGAAGCUACUGGUUCUUCAGACGCUGCUAACUGCUCAAUCUCACAAGGAGUAUACAGCUUGUCGUCGAUGGAAGCUUCGGAACAAGAUGUCAGUGAAAGCCUUCCAAGUGUUUCGGACGUCGUCUCCCAGAACAACAGUUCUCGUCGUCAAAAGCAAAAGCGACCACCUUCUGCAGGAAGAAGAGUCCCAGUUGAUGAUCUGUUUGCGAACACUCAAGGACGAGCAACAUUUGUCACCAAGGAAUCUAUCACCGAUCGCAAUACUUACGUGAAUAGUCUCAACGCUUCCUUCCACGCAGGAGUCCAUGACGAAUCCACUAUUCUGACUAUCCCAGAUUCUACAUCGAUUGAUGAUGCUCCAAGUAACUCUUCGAUCCUCGACAAGCUAUUUCCUCCAAAAAUUGUUGAUUCCGAUGAACAGGGGACUUCCCAAGUCAUCGCUCCGAAGAACAAGAACCUGACCAAUGUGGUCCCAAAAAGCAUUAGCUCUGAUGUGGCCAAAUUGAAUUCGACUUUUCACGGAGAUAUCGAUGAGAAGGAGCAUGAUGAUGUCAUGUCUCAGUUGAACAAGACCAUCGGAAGCGUGCCCCAAGGGAUCUUACGUUCGCGAGCUGAGGAAAGGACACCAACAAGAAGACGCUCGAGAUCCGUGAGAUUCGGUUCAUCGAACCAGUUUGUCGAACCGAGCCCAGUGUCAUCCUUGAGAUGCGAUUUCGACGUUGACUCCCCAUCCCAAGAGAUCAGAAUCCCCAUCAGAAGAAGCCAAUCAUUGGAGAAGAUUCUUCCAUCAGAUCUUCCAUUCCUUCGCCCAAAAUCACGUUUUGCUUUUUCCAAAGAGGAUGUCAUUGAAGACGAUUUCAAGAGUACUGCUCCAUUGAACAGAACCGUUGUCAACGUCCCAGGAGACCAUGAGUUUGUUGGCAGUUACACUGUCAGGGAGGGUUUCACCAGACUGAUGCCAAUCGUUCAAGUUUCCGACGGCAUGGUCACCUUCCUUCAUCCGGAUACCAAUCAGCCGAUGCCAAUGUCUCGGGAUUUUUCCGUCGAUCUGCAUCCAACGGUGGACUACGUGAGAGGAACACUUCCAGCUGGAAACUACACACUCCUCAAGUCUAUUAACCAUGGAUCGUCCGACGGAAGCCUUUCACGCAACAUUUUUGGACGCUCAAGUCAUAGAAAGCUGAGUUCCCCAAUGGUGUCGAACAAGGCCACACUGAUGAGCGUUCCGAAGAUUUCUUCCGAAGUCGAAGGUAAUGGUGGUUCCGACAACGAUUCUUCGCCAGUUCCAGUCACGUUGCCAACACUUGAUGGGUUCCAUAGACGAGUUUCUAUUGAUAGUGAGGCUUCGGAAAAUGUUUCACCAUCCAGUGAUGCAGUUUCCACAUGUGAAAAUGAUCCAACUGAAAGUUUCCAUGAUGAGAUCGCAUCGCUCUCCAACGCACUGGCUAACUAUUCCAUCACUUCUCCAAACGGUCUCAUGAGCGCCUCAAUGAUUUGGCCACAAAAGAAGAAGUCUGGCAACAAGAACAUUGCUUCAAAAACCAAUGCCCCAUCGGAUUUUGGAAUUUUGAAGAACACGAUGACGCUUCCCCCACUGUCUAAAGGGAAACUCGGUUUCGGCCCGCCGCUCAGAAACCCACUCAAAGAUCUUCCCGAAUCGGAGCUGUGGACCGUUGAGCGUGAAGAGCGCAUGAAUUCCAGACCAGCGAAUCUUCGCGGAUUCGUCGAGAACACCCGCUCUCCAAAACGUGUCACGUCGAAGAUUCCCGAAAUCGGAGAAACUCCUGUUACCCGUGGUUUCGGAGUCUCAGCCCGUCGUGUCAGCCUUCGUGGACCCGGAUUCAACGACGAGGAUGUUCACCGGAUGAAGUUCCUCACUCCGUCAACGAGCACUGCCAUCGAGUGCUGUUCGUCGGAUAGUUCUCACCGUGAAACUCCUUCCCCAGAUCAGUAG